AUGAAUUCUUUCACCACAAAAAAAUCUCUUCCCCCAAUUCACGGGCUUCUGGCCUUAGCCUUCCUUUUGGUCGCCGGGGUCCAAUGGGCCUCGGCCCAGAACUGCGGUUGUACCAACAACUUGUGCUGCAGCCGGUUCGGCUAUUGCGGCACCGGGGAUCCGUACUGCGGGGACGGGUGCCAGGCCGGCCCGUGCUACGCAUCCCAAGGAGGUGGAAAUCUCGGGAAUAUCGUGACAGAUGCCUUUUUCAACGGGAUCGCUAAUCGGGCUGGGGCAAAUUGUCCUGGGAGAGGGUUCUACACCCGAUCUGCUUUUCUGCAGGCGGCCAGGUCGUACCCUCAGUUCGGGACGGGGUCCCAGGAUGUUGCUAGGCGCGAGGUUGCCGCAUUUUUCGCGCAUGUUACGCAUGAGACUGGGUCUCUUUGCUAUAGAGAGGAGAUAGGCGGCGCAUCCCGAGAUUAUUGCGACGAAAAUAACCGGGAGAAUCCUUGCGCGCCCAACAGGGGCUACUACGGACGGGGCCCGUUACAGCUGUCGUGGAACUACAACUACGGCCCGGCGGGCCGGAGCAUUGGGUUCGACGGGCUGAACGACCCCGACAUUGUGGCUAGAGACCCCGUUAUAUCUUUCAGGACUGCUUUGUGGUUUUGGAUGAACAAUUGCCACAACCGGAUCACGUCGGGCCAGGGCUUCGGGUCCACGAUCCGUGCCAUUAACAGCAUGGAGUGCAAUGGGGGAAACCCGAACACGGUCACCGCCCGAGUUAAUUACUUCAGGGACUACUGUAAUCAACUCGGAGUCGAUCCAGGCGCUAACUUGAGGUGCUAA